AGCCCUCCCUUACCUUACGGCAUGCAGCACGCAAUACCAAGCCAAAAGGGCCAAAAAAAAAAACAGAGGAAGCCCAUCCCCCACUCCCCACCUAUUCUCUUCCCAGCUAUCAUCGCGGUCCAAAGGAAGGAAAGAAGAAAACGUGGCGUGACCGUCGGUGGGGGCGCAAGGAAACUUUGCCCUCCCAGCGCAGAGAAGUAGAGAAGAAAGAGAGAUAAAAAGCGGGAAUAAGAAGAACAGAGCAGUCUCAAUACAGGGGAGAUCCAGAGGUAAUACGAGAUGCACGCGAAGACGGACUCCGAGGUGACGAGCAUCGCUCUGUCCUCUCCGACGAGAUCCCCCCGGCGGCCAGUGUACUACGUCCAGAGCCCGUCGCGGGACUCGCACGAUGGGGAGAAGACGACCACGUCCUUGCACUCUACUCCAGUCCUGAGCCCGAUGGGCUCGCCACCCCACUCCCAUUCUUCCGUGGGUCGCCAUUCACGAGAGUCGUCCUCCAGUCGGUUCUCGGGCUCGCUGAAGCCGGGAUCGAGGAAGGUUACCCCUAACGAUGGGACCAGAAGGGGUGGCCGCCACAAGUCUUGGAAGGAAUGCGCCGUCAUCGAGGAGGAAGGCCUUAUUGAGGACGAGGAGGACGCCAAGGGCCUCCCACGUCGCUGCUACGUCCUCGCCUUCAUCUUGGCUUUCUUUGCCCUCUUCUCUUUCUUUGCUCUAAUUCUUUGGGGCGCAAGCCGGAAUCAGAAGCCUGAAAUCGCCAUGAAGAGUAUUACGUUCGAGAAUUUUUUCAUCCAAGCCGGCAGCGAUGCCUCGUUCGUGCCCACCGACAUGUCGACGCUGAAUUCUACUGUUCGAAUGACAUACCGCAACACCGGUAGCUUCUUCGGAGUCCAUGUGUCAUCGACGUCGCUGGAUCUCAGUUACUACCAACUCACGCUGGCCAGUGGAACUAUAAACAGCUUCUACCAACGUAGGAAGAGCCAGAGAAACCUCCAUGUGGUGGUGACGGGCAGCAAGGUCCCUCUCUACGGUGGCGGAGCGAGUCUUAGCGCCACCCCGGCGAAAACCAACAGCCAGCCCGUGCCCCUGACGCUGAGCUUCAGGGUGAGAUCAAAAGCCUAUGUGUUGGGGAAACUGGUCAAGCCCAAGUUCUACACCAACAUUCAGUGCUCGGUUGUGAUGGACAGGACCAAGCUCGGCAAACCCGUCUCUCUCAAGAAAGCUUGCCAGUACGAUUAGAAGAAAGAGAUAGGGGUGGAGAAAAGAGAUCAGAGUUGAUUCCUUCAUGUCAUUCAUUUUUCUUUAGUCUUGUGAUCACAUCUCUCUCUCUGGGCAGUUGCCUCUGGGACGCCAGGUUGGAAGGCGUGACUUUUGGGCAGGGACCAGUGGAUGAGAUAAUAAAGUGAGUUACUCUUUUUCCUACAUAGGUUUUGUGAACGUUAUAUAUAUAGAAAUGUAUUCAAGGGACAGUUUUUUUGACUUCCUGCAUAAAUUGAGGUGUGGCCAGUUAGGCAGUCACAUGGCAUGUCACUGUGAAAGAAUUGUUUUUGGUGGUACAUAGACAUGUAAUCAUAUAUAUAAUAUAUAGAGCAAACAGUGGCAUAAUCUAAUGUUGG